AUGGAAAAAUGUCUGGUGUUUCAUAACGCUACUCAACCCCAAUUUCUACCACCUAAUGAUGCUUCCACAUCCACGCGACAGUGCCCCAUAUUCCUAAGUUCUCUUGAUUGGCGACAACCCAGGAAGUGUGCAAAAGUUUCUCGUCCGGACAAGAAAGAGCCUAGUAUUGAGGAAUCCAACGACCGCUAUCCAUGUCAGGCCGGAAUCAUCAGCAAUUCCCUCGCAUGCGGCACGGUGUCUCGUUCAUCGGCCCAUCUCAAGGACAAUGCAACUAUCCUAAGGAACUCAAUGGCUGUGGGAGGGCUAUUAGCUAAAAAACAUAUGACAACCCUCACACUCACCAUAAUAUCCACGGCGACUCUAGCGAAGUUCCCCAUUCAAUUUCCGCCUACAGCUAUCCCUAGUCCCACACUAGCUGUGCCUACUGGUGCUAUUGCCGUUGUGAACCCUGUCGUAACAGCGGUAGUUCAAACAACCUCCGCCGUAUCGGCGUUUCGGACUUCAGGUGUGACGCGCUUGCCGGAGCCUGAUCUUGUUCUGGCGGUUGGAAUUGGUCUCAGCGUUCCUUGUAUAGCGCUAGUAGUCAUUCUGCUCGGAAUACUGACCUGGAGAGAGCGAGAAGUACGAAGAGAUGAAGAGCGUGCAGCCAAAAAUCAAGCUAUGCUUCAAGGUCGCUCAGAGGGUGCCAGUACGAGCGUUUCUACCUGCGGCCCAUGUGAUUCUGAUAUAGACAUUGAACAAGAAUCAAAAUCGGUUGUUGACGGAGAAAGACGAGUAUCGGGUAGAUCAUAUGCGCGAACAACUCAAUUACCUUCACCAUAA